AUGAACCAUAAAUCCUCUUCAUCAUCCGCAUCUGCCACACCACCACCGCUACCGCCACCAAUAUUUCAAACAACAUUUUCGCCCAGAUCCGCAUCGGGUUUUACCACGCACACAAACAGCACCGCCACGCGCACACCAGCCAUCAUACCGCUUGAUUACAAUUAUCAGACCAUGUCACCGUCCUCAUUCUCACAGUUUCCUAGUGGCCGCUUGACAUCAGCGGCUACCACAAAUACAAGUGCUGCUUAUCAUUUAAAUACACAUUCACUCAUUAACAGUGCUCGUCCCCAAACCGGCAGCGCCUCAGUCGAUGUUGAGCUGGAUAAUCAGUACAGCAGUCUUUUUGGCGAUCCCGUACCACCACCACCACCUCCAGAUUUCCUUACGACACAAUUUAAUCCGGUGAACAUAUUCCACCCAGUUUCAUUGGACAUUAGUUCUGGCUCAGAGGAAGACGCUAACGUUAGUCUUACAGCAUUGGGAGCUGAAAGGUCCAUACAGACGCGUCUCUUUUCAAAUGUACCUUUUAGCUCGGUGUUUAGUAGGCGCGCAUCGGAUACCACAACGACCCAGCGAAAUUUUGAUGUGCUUCCCAUGCCGAUGCCGCGCCUCCAGCCACCAGAUAUUCAAAUAUUGCCGAACUCUAGUGGCGACUCGAGCUCAGAGGCACGUGAGUCUCCGAAUUAUACUCUGCUUGCACCGGAGAUGGCAGAGCGCCAAGGCAUAAUGUAUGAGAAUAGCGAACCCUCAGAUAUGACGGAAAUUGUAGAAUCAUAUGAAGUUAGAGAUAUGACGGGUGUGCGCGAAUACUCGGAGGCUAAGAGACGCGUUUCGAAUUUCAGUGAGGACUUCAAGUCCAAUGUUGGCGCUUUCAGUAAUACCCAGGUGGCUCCGCAGACAUUGGAUUCUCCUUCAGCCACCGCUCAUCAGUUUUCGCAUCCAUUUUCUAAUGAGCCGUAUACAAGCAACGAUUGGUUUCGGCCGGCAACACAAGACUACCCUGAAUUUAGUAAAAUACCAAGACUGCGUCCAAGUUCUAAGAACAUUAUGUCGAUUAAACGAGAAGACAUGCCAAUGCACCAUUCCCCGGUAGCAGCCAUGAUUAAUGACUCAAACGGCUCUAGUAGUGGCGACGACCGGCAGACGAAUGAAACGCAAAGUCGUGAAAUAGAAACUGAUCUAAUGCUUUCUCCUCGGGAGUAUUUGCAACAAGAAAACGAUAGGUCCAUGGACAGUUUGAAGGUGGAAAAUUUUACUACACCACCACCUCCAGCCGCUCCACCGCCUCCGGAUUUUCUCACACCCGUAACAGAAGAAAGCCAAAGCCCCGUCAAACGCGAACUUUCACCUGUGAUACUGAGGGACUUAAUAGCGACCGGUGGAGAAUUCAGAGUUGAUCAACCGCGUCUUCAUAAAAAGUCCUCAUUUACAAUUAUCUCCGAAAAAUCACCCCAGUCGUCACGCGCGCACAGUCCAUCGUCAUAUAGUCAAAAGCGCUCACCAUCAAAGAUUUCUGGUCCAAAUCCAGUCGCUAAACCUCGUCAUUACUUGAAACAAAAAUCUCUCUCAGCCACCCAACUCAAGUUGCCACAAAUACCACAACAUAGACUACAAGCUCACGCCGACGACUCACCACGCCCUUCAGUCCAAUUUAACAUGACCGGGCGGCACACCCCAAACAUGAUGACUCCACGCGGCAUUUUGCAACAUCGUGAGUCCAUGUCGUCCUCUCAGGAUGUGACUCCGUUGUCACCUUCGUCGACGCGAAUAGCAGCAACAAAAUUACGCCGCCCAUCAACACUGCCUUCUUUUCCAAAACAAGUCGAUGAAACCAAGAUGAAAAGUUGUGAGGCACUGCCUUUUAUAACAGAUCCAUACAGAACUGUUAUACCGCGCUUCAAUCGCUCCGUAACCGAUUUACAGAGGGAGCCCGCAGUGUUUCCACCAGGUGCUUUGCCGCGGCCAUUAAAGCCUAACCCAAACCCAACUCGAAAGCAAAAGGGUCUACUUCGCAUUCUCAAUGGUGACAACUCGCAUAUACCCUUACGCUCGAAUUGGGCAAGUAUGGACGAUCUUUACUUAGGAAGAAACCUAAAGAAACCGCCUCCAUUAUCUUCCGGCAUUUUUCUGAGUCGUCGUCGCUCUAGCUCUACAUCGCCUGAACGGCGCAGCUCAACUCAAACAGCUUCCGACCGACGUAGUUCUAAUAUCAGCUCAGUAACUACUUCUGAUUUUAGUUUUCGUCGCGCUUCGACGACAUCUCAAAUGCAACGUCGGAAAUCUCUAUUCCCAUCUUCCAACCCACAAACAAAACGUCGGCAAUCUUCAAUACCACCAGCAAGUUCAAGUGGUGGGCGCAUAUCUCGUGCAAAGGUAGUUAAGCCAACUACUCUUUCACCGAUUAUUGGUACGCCAAACAAAGAUAACAGUUCACCACAAAGCCCUGAGAAGGAUGUUUCUAGUUUAUUGGCACCUUCGGAAACGCCAUCUGAUAUAAAUGCACGUAGAGAAUCUCUUUCAAAGAUACCAAUUCGGGCUUCUAACUCUCGUCCAGGUUCGCGGUCGUCAUCUCCACUUAAAGAGUUCGUAGCACAACUGCCAAUAUCUGAUCCGACCUCACGAGCUACAUCUAGCCGUACUACUUCCCGUGCGACGAUGAGAACAGAUGCGUCAUUGACGGCUUCCCGUGUAAAUUCUAGACUUGGUUCACGGUCCACAUCUCGUGCAUCCACGCAUCCUAUAUCCCGUGCUGCAUCACGCGCUAGUUCACGACCGAAUUCACGAAUGGAUAUGGCAAAACAAAUCGCAAAUUCAAGGUCCAACUCUAGAUUGAGUAUAUUAUCGGCAACCUCAAACGCAGACAAUGUUUCGCCGGUUUCAGGGAAAAUAAGUACGGAACCUUUGCCUAUUUUAGCAAGACAUCGCCGUAAAUCAAUCUCUGUCAGCCCAGCUACGAAUAGAAGAGUGCAUGGUCGCCGGCAAUCUCUUAGUCCUCCUAACAAAAAACGUUCCGGCAGUCGAGGCAGAGGAAAGAAAACAAGAGAGCGAUCGGAGUCACGCCGUAGCUCACAAUCACAUAUUCCUUUAAGAUCGGGAAGUUUAACUAAAGUGAUGAGAUCGUCGCCAAAAUCCAAGAAUUCCAAACGGUCUCGCUCUCGAUCGCCAAAAUCGAAGGAUUCAAAACCUGCGCCACGGCCAUUACCGAUACGAUCACCAACACGAACAACGGAGUUGCAAAGGAAAAAAACAAUAAGUGCCAAAAAAGUUCCAACUUCGGUGCAUAAGCCCGAAUCCAGUGUAAGACGUUCGCCAUCAUCGGUGAGUAAAUCGGCGCCGUCCGUUAAGAAGCAGCCGAAUAAUUUGCAAAAAUCAGGUGGUAUGAAUAUUAGACGAGAAAUUUCCAACCUACAAAAGAAAGGGAAGGAAGGAGCAAAAUCUGCAACAGGAAAACCCGUACGACGUGAAGGUACUACGCCAACAAUGACUAGCAAGAGGACAAGCGGAGGCGCUGCCACAGCUGCAGUGGCUCUGGCAGCAAGCGGAUUAAAGCGUCAAGCAACUUCCAAGAAUUUAGGAAAGACUACGACCAAGAGCAGAAUGUCUGCAGUAAAGGAGAAUACGGGGGAGAGAAAAACUCAAGGGGCAACACAGGCGGUUACAGGAGGUGAAAGCACCGACGAAAAUGCGGAUAGUACCAGCCGACAAGCAACUGGUAUCCCCACCGGAACAGAGGCCACGAAAAUGACCGCUGCCAAUACCGCAACUGUAAAAGGGACAACAACUAUGAGUUCGGGUAGCACGGGAAGUUCAGUUGGCUCAACGACUACUAUAAAGAGGAAUCCCUCCAACAUGUCGUUGGUACGCAUGGCUUCUAGAAUGAGCUUACUCAGCAUGAAGCGAUCAGACAGCAAUCUCAGCAGGAAGACGGCUGUACCAGCGGUCGCAGAAGAGGCGACUGAUGACUCAAAGAAGAACGGAAUUUCAGGCGGAGCAACCUUACAGAAGAACAGCAGUCGCGCGCAGUUAAAGACACCCGAAGAUGUGGCGGCUGCGGCAAUAUUGGAGAAAUCUCAAAAGACGCUGGAGAAUGUACAAAAGAGUGUAACUGUGGCGACAGAUGAAAUUCAUAAAACCAUCAUAGAAAAUCUCACCGACUUGAAGAGCCUCGAAAACGACAUGGCUCGUUUCUCGGACAGCGCCACCUCGCCUACGUCCAGUGCUGGAACUACUGUAGGUAUGCUAGCGGCAGGGGAAUCCGGCUCACGUACAGCAACCGCAGAGGGUCCAACAUCGACAGCGAGCACAAUAAAACCAACUCACAAAAAUGGUAACGAUGCCUCUCAGGCUCCUUUAGCAUCUAACCAAAAGUCGCCUCUACCGCCAACACAACCUAUCGAGGCAGAUGUUUCAGUGUUGAACUCGCAUCAUGCGACUGUUGCUGCAGCAACUGCUGUCGCGGCAACUACCGGAGCAACGGCUAUGCCGCACGCGGGUGUUGUGGAUGCCACCGUCGAACGGGUUAGUGAACGUGCUAUAUCAGUUAUGCCAGAAGUUGACUGUGACGAUGCAAAUUUCCAGAAUUACACAUACGAUGGCGAUGGCGCAGCAGACAAGACGGCCGAUGGUGCGGUGAGUACGUUGAUGAGCGGCGAAGUACAUACACUGGGAACCGAUGCCAGUGGCAGAGGCCGAAAAGAUGUGGGCAGAGGUGGUGGUGCCGGUGUGGGUGGUGUCAGUGGAAGUGGCGGUGUGACUGAUGAUGACAUCAAGCGACGCUCGCCAGAUGGACAAGGCGGGUCCGCUGCAGGAAGCGGGAACGGCAGUCGUGAGUUUCUACAGGAGCCCGAAGACGACCAAGUGCCACCUACCGGUUGCUGUCGUUGUUGCGCGAAAUUCUGUCUGCCAUGUCGGCGUCUACGUUGCUCCCGUUGUUGUCGGCGCAAGAAGAGCAUAGCUGGCGGCAAUGAAAGUGAGGAGCCAGUACUCUCGGCGACCAGCAGCACCUCCACUACGAAUCUCGAAGUCAUCAAUGAAGCGCAGCAUACAGCGGACGGCGGAGCAAGCAAGCGGAGUUGUUGGCAAAAAUUAAAUUGCUGUAAGCGGUGUCGCAAGCAGCUAAAAGUAGACGAACCACCGUCGAAAAUGACGGUGGCAGCCAAGGCAGAGACUGGACUAGUCGGUGCGCCCAAGCAGGGUAAAUGUGGCUUGUGCAUGAGUAAAUUAUUUUGCUGUCGUCGCGUGAAUAAAGUCGAUCCCACAACGGGUGAUGAGACGGAGUUGAAGAAGUGUUGCUUUUGUAUACCAUGUCGGCGCAAGAGGGCUGGGCAUGGCGCUGCUAUUGGUUCGACUAUCUCGCCGAGUGGCUCGGUGGCUUGGCAGGACCCGGAAAGUGGUAUUGCAGCUAGCGAUGCAUCGGUUCUGGAAAGCACCAAUGCAGCUGAAAUGCAACGUCCGCAGGGUUGCUGCAAACGCUUUUUUGGCAAACUGUUGUGUUGCGGGCGCAAAAAAGCGCCAAAGCCAAGUGAAAGCCGGAGAGCGAGUAUGAAAGCGCCACCACCACCAAGUGAGGACACACGUCGUAAGUUACAUGUGGACCUCGUGGAGUAUACCUCAAAAAUGAAGGGCGCUAUACCAGUGUUGCCGCUCUCUUUAGCCUGGUUCUGUGCUAUCUGCAACACCGUCUUUCCAGGAUUGGGCACUUUAUUCUCUGGCAUCUUCUGCCUUUGCGUGGGCAUACCACGUUUCUCACAAUAUGACAGCGCCAAGGCUCGUUUCGGUUCAUUCAUAAUCAACAUUAUCGUCGCCACGGCACAACUGUUUUGUGUUCUCUUCUGUUUCGUGGGCUGGGGUUGGUCCAUUUGGUGGGGCACCAUUAUGCUGAAGUGUGCAAGAAAGCUGAGUAAAAUAAAGAAGGUGGAACGUUUGGAAAUGGAGGAAGAGCGUCGCCAAGCUGAAGCGGCCGCAAUAGCAGCUGCAACAGCCGCUCGGGCAGCGCCCAAUGCAGGCGUUCCAGCCGCGGCUGCUACGACGAUGACAACAGAAAGCGCGGCUUAAAGUGAGGUAGAUUUAUUCAAGGCGAACUUAAUUAUAAGAGAGAAGCUUCCAUAGAACUUCCAAAAUGCUUAAAAGUCUUCGAAUAUAUUAAAUCCUUCCAAAAUUCAGCUGCGGUUGAAUGAAAUAUACAUAUAUAAAAGGAGUGAUUUUCUGUAAAAGAUACAUUACAGACAGAAGAAAAAAGAAAGUCAACAAUAAAGUUUUAAAUGGUGAUUUGUGCCUUUUGCUCUGAAAACCUCAAAAAGUGCAGCAGGAGUAAGAAGAAGCUAAUUUUUCUAACUCAUUUAAUUAAACAACAGUCAACAAGAUUCUUCGAUACUCACAGUGAACAUAAGCAGUGAACGUAAGCAUAAAUUUUAUAGAUAAGUAGAAAUCUUCCAUAUCAUAUCCAGAGAAUUAUAGCAUUAAGACGAAAAGAAAAAACCGAGAGCAGCGAAAAAACAUA